AUGAUCCAAAUUAAGCCCAGGCCAUACACACUCGAGGAAGUGUCUGCGCACAAAUGCAAGAAAAGCUGCUGGAUUGUCCUGUCUGGGAUUGUGUACGACGUAACUGACUAUUUGAAGGACCAUCCCGGGGGAUCUAAUAUUAUCCUGGAGAAUGCAGGGAAGGACUGCACGGAGAUUUUCAACACAAUACACCCGUGGAUCAACUACAAGAAGCUCCUGAAGAAGUACCUGAUUGGGUACGUGCAAAAGACAGAGCAGAGGGAAGAGGCACAGGAGAUUCCUCAGGAGUCGCCUUGCCCUGGGAAGGAUGGGUGCUGCAGCCUGUAG